AUGGAUAUUAAGCCCGUGCUGCAGUCCCUGCCACGGCCUCGCGCCAAUGCAGAGCCGCUGCACAUCCAACGAUUGGAGGCGGCCCUCAACAUGCGCCCAUUCAUGGACAUGACCAAAAGAGCCCUGCGGAGACCUCUGAGUAGCAACGAAGACAGCGACGAGGAGAGGGAGAUGAAAAAGGAACCGGAGGCAGAGGACUCCGAUGACUUCUCCACAGUAGGCGUGGUUAAACCGAGGCGGUCCGGCAAAAGUAAACACCGUUUGCUGGGGAGCAAAGAAGAGCGACAAAGUGUAAAGGCGCAGCUAUAUAACUUCAACGACCUGACCAGUGAUCGGGAGUGGCUAUACGAUCUCCUGCUAAGCGAUACGGAAAGCGAUGAUCCCACCAUCACGGAGGAUGAGUAUGUGCAUCAGCUAUUGAGGGAGCACAUAAGGGAGCAACGUCAGCGUAAGAACUACUACAAAAAGGCCACAAAUGCCCAGUAUGCUUACUAUGGCAGUGGCCUUCUGUCCAAUCACGAUGUCUUCGCCGAGCGCCAGCAGGCCACCGCUGGAGUGCGUAAGCGACGACGCCGCACAAAGCAAGAGAUUCUUAUGGCCCGUUUGGCUGAAGCGCAGACGGGUCCAAAGACACCUAAACAACGAAGAAGAGGACGCAAGAAGCGUAAUACCAUUGGAUCGCCAGAGUCUGGGGAGGUGCCUGCCUCUGAGCUGGGAAAAUACACCUUUGCUGACACACUGCCCGCCAACGAUGACGAAGACGAGGACGGUGGAGAGGUAGAUUACAAACGAGAGCUGGCGAGUUUGGCCCUGGAUUACCCGGAAGAGGAGGAAAUCGAGGAGGAAGUGGACGUGGUCGGCGGCACCGAGGGUCAGGUUACCAAAGUUCGGCGAAAGAGAAAGAAUCCUGCUGCCUUGGCCGCCCGUCGUCGUCGCAUUUGGCAGAUUAUGUCCAAAAAGGAAACUGGCCGCCUUCAGCGCAUUAAAAGUAACAAUCACAAAGAGAUGCUGGCCAAUUGCAAACGGGUAGCUGGAAUGUGUGCCAAAGUAGUGCGACAGCGAGCCCUGAACUCCCAGCGGAUCAUGAAGGAGACAGUGUGGCGGGCCAAGCGACUGACCAGAGAAAUGCUGGCCUACUGGAAACGCUAUGAGCGCGUAGAGCGGGACCAGCGACGAAAACAAGAGCGCGAAGCAGAAGAGCAGCGCAAGCAAGACGUGGAGCUGAUAGAGGUGAAGCGCCAACAACGCAAGCUCAACUUCCUGAUCACCCAAACCGAGUUGUACGCUCACUUCAUGUCCAAGAAACUGGGCCAGGGCAGUGAGGAGGAUCAGCUAAGGAUUCUUAGCCAGCUGGAUGAGGAAACCAAUGCACGGCUGAUGGUGCAAGAUGACUACGAUGCUGGGGAAAUGAAGCUACUGGCCCAAGAGCACGCUGAGGCGGCCAUGCAAAGGGAUCUGGACAAAACCAGAGCAUUCGACGUAUUUGUGAAAAAAGAGGAAGAGGAGGAGGAAGAAGACGUAGAGGAACAGGAAGAGCUGGUAGAAUCAAAGCCAGAACCCAGGCCGGAGAUGAAGGAUCUGCCGCAGCCAAAGAUGUUCAAGGGAACCCUAAAAGGCUACCAAAUCAAGGGAAUGACCUGGUUAGCCAAUAUCUACGAUCAGGGAAUCAGCGGCAUUCUAGCGGACGAAAUGGGUUUGGGCAAGACAGUCCAAUCGAUAGCAUUCCUUUGUCACAUUGCCGAACACUACGGAGUGUGGGGACCCUUCCUAGUAAUCUCACCCGCCUCCACGCUCCACAACUGGCAGCAGGAAAUGUCCAGAUUCGUGCCCGAUUUCAAUGUGGUCCCCUAUUGGGGAUCUCCCGGAGAGCGGAAGAUCCUCCGACAGUUCUGGGACCAAAAACAUCUGCACACCCGCGACGCCAGCUUCCACGUGGUGAUCACCUCCUACCAGCUGGUUGUCAGCGACUACAAAUACUUUAACCGAAUCAAGUGGCAGUAUAUGGUCUUGGACGAGGCCCAGGCCAUCAAAAGCGCCGCGUCGCAGCGAUGGAAGCUGCUCCUUGGCUUCAGCUGUCGCAAUCGUCUGCUCCUCAGUGGCACUCCCAUACAGAACAGCAUGGCAGAGUUGUGGGCACUGCUACAUUUCAUCAUGCCCACCCUCUUUGAUUCCCAUGACGAGUUUAACGAAUGGUUCUCCAAGGACAUUGAAUCGCACGCAGAAAACAAAACAGGCAUUGAUGAAAAGCAAAUCUCCAGACUCCACAUGAUACUUAAGCCCUUCAUGCUGCGGCGGAUCAAAAAAGAUGUGGAGAACGAGCUAUCGGAUAAGAUCGAGAUCAUGGUCUACUGUCCCCUGACCAUUCGCCAAAAGCUACUGUACCGGGCACUAAAACAAAAAAUCAGAAUCGAAGAUCUCCUGCACUUGACCAGUGGCAGCUCCACGGCCACCUCGUCGUCCUCUUCGGCCUCGAAUCUGAUGAACCUGGUCAUGCAGUUCCGUAAAGUGUGCAAUCAUCCGGAGCUAUUUGAAAGGCGGGAUGCCAGAAGUCCGUUUUUCAUGCGUUGUGCGGAGUAUACGAUGCCCAGAUUGAUUUACGAGAACGGAUUGCUUCAUAGAUCGUUGCCAAGUCGACGGCACUUGCUCUAUAAUAGGUUUAAUAUUUUUAAGUCCGAGUAUAUGCAAAGAUCACUGUUUGAGGAUGUCAAUGUGGACAGUUGCUUUGGAUUUACGCGUUUGUGUGAUUUAUCUGUGGGCGAUAUGGUAGAUGUAACCCUCAAUGGGCUGAUUAGUUUCCUCUUACACUUUCACCGGGUUCUAGAGAAAUAUCCACUUUUGGCAUAUCGUCGCUUUUGGUGGAAAAAACAAAGUGCCAGCAGAUAUCAACUCUUGGAGCCGAUGCUAGAAAAUAAACUCAUACCGGACUAUAUGCUCACCGACUGUGUGCUCAGGAACUUUGUUUUCACAGCAAUGACGACAAAUGAGAGCAGCGUUUAUGCCUUCGGCGACUACUUUACCUAUAACAUGCAGGAGACCAUUGAACAUCGUGUGAUACGCUCCAAGAUACUUAAGCAAAACUCCACACCGGGGAUCGAGGAUAUGGCUGAGGAGGCCAAGCAGGAGCUGGAGAUGGAGUCUGUGGAGGUGCAAACCAAAGUGAAUGCUAAGAGCGAUGUAAAGGUCACCACGCUUCUGCUAUUGCCUGAGUUUCCCCAUCGCCCCAGGAAGCCCAGAAGCUAUCGAUGCGAAUCUCUGUCAAUGCCACGCCUUCUUUAUGACUUGGGCCAAAAGGUGCAGGCGGUGGACAGGCAUUCAUACUGUGAUAGCCGCGCUGCUGCAUGGACACAGAUUCGCCACGAUCAGUGUGAGAAUAGCAUGGGCAGGGAGCUCGUCUCCAAUGGCUUAGCCCUAUGCAAGCCCCGUAGUGGAUGGUCCUCGAUUGUUGUGCCCGAUAAGGAAACAUUGAUCACGGAUGCCGGAAAACUCUUUGUGCUGGACACACUGUUGACCCGCCUGAAGGCGAAUGGUCAUCGUGUUCUCAUCUACUCACAGAUGACCAAGAUGAUCGAUCUGCUAGAGGAAUACAUGUGGCAUCGCAAGCAUCGUUAUAUGCGAUUGGAUGGCUCCAGUAAAAUCUCAGCACGUCGCGAUAUGGUCGCCGAUUUCCAAACCAGAGCCGAUAUAUUUGUUUUCCUGCUAUCCACGAGAGCCGGAGGUCUCGGUAUUAACUUAACAGCCGCUGAUACGGUAAUCUUCUACGAUUCCGAUUGGAAUCCCACAGUGGAUCAACAGGCCAUGGAUCGAGCUCAUCGUUUGGGCCAAACCAAACAGGUGACCGUCUACCGACUCAUCUGCAAGGGAACCAUCGAGGAGAGGAUUCUGCAGAGGGCUCGAGAAAAAAGCGAGAUACAACGCAUGGUCAUAAGUGGCGGCAAUUUCAAACCCGACACACUCAAGCCGAAGGAAGUGGUCUCAUUGCUAUUGGACGACGAGGAGAUCGAAAUGAAAUAUCGCCAGGAGGCCAAACUACAGUCGUCCUCACCGAUUCCAGCAGAAACGCAAGGCGAACGCAAAAGACGUCAUCCGAAUAAGGAUGUAAAUGUGGGUGGCACAACCACUCCGGCUUCAACUACGGUUCUACGAGAUUUCGACGACGAUGUGGCCAGCUGCAGUUCGGCAGCCAAGCGCCUAAAGCCAGAUCCGGAUGAGGAUCUCAUCGAUGUGGGCAUACAAUCGUCUGCCUCCAGUGUGGGCACGGAUAGCAACCAUCCGACCCUUAGCCAGGAGACCUAUGUGCCCGGAGCCACCAGUGUCCAGCAUAUGGAUAAUGAUUCCGAUAAUGAAGCUCUCGUGGUGGAUGGCGACAGUCCCACUCUGAUGGGUCAAAACGAGUCAAUGAACUUCCUCGGCGACCUGAGCGGCAUUUCGCCGAUGCGGAGACGUCACCACCCGCGCGGCACCAAGCGGGGUCGUCCAAGAGGCAGCACGCGGCGCGGCGGCGGACAUGGCUCGAUCCAGCGCGUGCUGACGCCGACCCAGACCCAGACGCCGACCGCAGCAGGAACGGGAGCGGGAACGGGAGCAGGAGCGGUAACAGGAACAGGAACAGGAGGGGAAACGUCUUCGCCGCAGCCCAAGCAGGAAGUAAGCGGCGGUGGCGAGAGCGCCGGAAUUGCAGUCGGCGAAGAAGAAUUUACAACAAGCCCCGUUCAUUCCGCACAAUCGCCAGGAAUGUCCGGCAAACGUGGACCAGGAAGACCUAGGUCCAAGACCUCCACCCCUAUUAGCCGGGGAAUCCGCGGAGCUCCACGUGCCCGCAGACCCGUGGGUCCUCUGCUGGUGCCACUGGGACGCAGUCCGGAAGCCACGCCACCGAGCAGCAGUCCGGCCACAAGUCGAGCGCCCAGUCCAUCAACAGGACCUCAUGGCAGUGGAGGGACCGAGUAGUUCUCUCACUAUAUUAAAAUAUAAAUUGAAACGAAC